AUGGCGCUCUCGAAUUCCAAUUCGGACUCAGAGAGAUCUGUGGGUGUAGACUCGCCCCGGCGCAAUCGCAGCAUGGCCACAUUCAAGCGGCCCAUCCUAAAUUCCUUGAGUGCCAAACCUGUUUCUCCGACGACGGAGUCGAAAUCCGAAGGCGCUGAUCCUGAUUCAAAGAGGCAGAACCCUGAAAACGGGGAGAAAAAUGGUCGGUCUGGUGAUGAUAUGGAUACCAUCUCAGCAGAAGACACUCCUCAUAGCAACACGACAGACGUCGAACUCGAACAAG